AUGACCUUAAAUAGUGCCCUCUAUAAUUUCUGCCGAAACUGUAUGGGAAAGAAACAUAAUGCAGCCGGGCACACUUUGUACGACGAUAACCCCGCUCUCUGUGAGCAGGCGGUUGAUAUAACUGAACAUUUCCAGGACUUCAAUCAGAAAAUCAUUGAGGCUCACAACUAUUAUAGAUGUCUGCAUGUAGAUGUUGACCCUUUAUAUGAAAAGCAAGAGCUGACUAAUUACGCACAAAGCGUGUCUGACACAAACGCUGAAAGUGGCAAACUUGCACACAGCCAACAUUCACCAUACGGAGAAAAUUUAUACACAAUGAAAUGGGGUAGUCUUUCUUAUCAUGCGAAAAAUAUUACAGGUCUAAAAGUUGUAAAGGCUUGGUAUGAUGAGAUUAAGGACUACAGUUUUCAAAUUAAUGGACCUGUGAACGAUCAACCUAUAGGUAAGUGGUGAAUAUCAAUAACUUUGAGUAAAAUGUUUCAUUUGCUUUAUAUUUGAA